AUGGACGUUGACGGCGACAGUGUGCCACACGAUGUUACCAAACAACAGAUAAAACAGAAAAAACAGAUACAACAGAAUCAACAACAAAAUAAUACAAAAGAAUCUGCAGCAAAAAAUGAGGAGGAGGAAACACCAUUUGUGAUAAUGGAAAGAGCUGGCAUGGUCGACCUUGUGAAAGAGCUUCAAAACAUAACAAAAAUUGAGUGUAUAGCCUUGUCAGUGUUCAAUCAACCAAAGGAAUCUGCAGCAAAAGAAGAGGAAAAGGAGUCUGCAUUUUUGACAGCAGCAAGAAACGGCAUUACGGAAAUUGUGCAUGCACUUCAAUUUAAAAUACCAAGUGUCGUACAUGAAACUAACUCUAAAAAUCAAAAUGUAUUGCUUGUGGCAGCGAAGAAUAAGCAAGUAAAUGUUGUUCAGUUGUUGCGGAAGAAUCUUGAAAAGAACGUCUUUCGUAGCUUAAUUUCAGAAAUGGAUAACAGAGAAAACACAGUGCUACACUUAGCUGCAGGUGCAUCGAGCAACGAAACGACUUGGAAGUCACUUGCUACUGUGAUGCAAAUGAUGUGGGAUAUCAAGUGGUAUCAGUACAUCAGUGAUCUUGUGCCGGAAGAAUUCAUUUAUAUACGCAACAAAGAUUACAAGACUGCAUGGGAAAUCUAUGAGGCGAAACACAAGGAUAAAGCGAAAGAGUGCUCAGAGAACCUAAAGGACUUAUCCAAUUCUGGCUCAGUUGUGGCGGCUCUCAUCGCCGGCGUUUCCUUCGCAACGUCGAGCACCGUUCCCGGGGGCACCGACAAGGGAAAACCUAUCUUCGGUGGCCAUCCUGCAUUUAAUGUAUUUGCCACUGCUUCCCUGAUUGGACUUGUCUUCUCCAUCACUGCACUUGUAAUGUUCCUCGCCAUACUAACUUCUUCAAAACAGGCCCAAGACUUCCGCUUUAGCUUGCCAUUGAAGCUUAGUUUCGGCUUAAGUUCUCUUUUUGCAUCCGUUGUUGCAAUGCUUGUUUCUUUUGGGGCUGCACAGUCCUUUGUGCUUGAAGAAAAGUCCAAGAUAAUACUCCUCCCUGUUUAUGCUACCACUUUGUUGCCUUUGGCUCUCUAUGAAUGUUUGAUAACUCAAUCCGGAACAGAUGAUACAGAUAUGGAUCAUAGCUCACUGUUCCGAGAGUGGGUGUUGGAAGGAAAAUGGCUGAGCGUUCUUGCUUUAUAUAUAAGCGACAGUGACUGCCACAAAAUCAAAAUCAACGAGGGAAGAGGCACUGCACUACAUGUGGCAGUGAAUGAUGGGAACGUGAGGUUUGUUAAUAAUCUUGUUGAAGCAAUCUUGAGCCAUGAAGGGAGGGAAGGGGUGAGGAGUGAUAGUGCACUGAGAUCAACCAAUGAGAGAGGGGACACUCCUUUGCACCUUGCUGCCUCAAGAGGGUUCAUUCCCAUGUGUAAGUGCAUCAUUGGGGAAAAUAAGGAAAGGAAUGAAUUCGGAAUGAGAGAGGGGACACUCCUUUGCACCUUGCUUGCAGGCGAAACAGAGACCUUUGUGUACCUUAACAAUGUUUCCAAAGAGUUAGAUGUUACUCUUAGGAACUAUCACGGGGAUACCAUCCUUCACCAAGCCAUUCGGAGAGAAUUCUUGGAUUUGGCAAUUUUAAUAACUCAUUGUUAUCCUGAGCUUGUGGACACAAGAAACGAAGUUGGAGACGCACCUCUCAAAAUUCUUGCCAGCAAACCUUCAGCCUUCCAGAGUGGAAGCAAUCUCCCAUGGUGGAAGCGAAUUCUAUACUGUUGUAUGUAUGUCGGACCACUCGAUGUUGGAAAGUAUGAAGACCCCGAACCCGGUGUGAGUAUUGAGUUAGAAUCUUAUUAUGAGGAAGGAAAGCAUGCCACUUCUGUUGUUGGGUUUGUAAAGAGUGCAGUAAGAUUAGCAUUCAAAUUCCUUAGCCUCUCAAGAUUGGGUGUCACUGCACCAGGUAUGUAG